CAUAUUAUGAAACUAUGGCGAACGAUAUGUUAGCCUGACAGGGGCCGGGACCCAUUAUCCCAAUCAUAGAACCAUUGAGGACUGAGAAAAAUCUACUUAGACUCAGAGCUAGCUAGUGAGCUGCAAAAAUGGCAAAGGAAGAGCAUUUACCAUUGUUUGAGACAAAAAAAGCCAAGGGAAGAGUCUUAUUUAGGAUUUUUGCAGCUUCUAUAUUUGCAGGCAUAUGUUUGAUUUGGGUUUACAGAGUAAGUCACAUACCAAAAGCAGGAGAAGAUGGAAGGUUUGCCUGGAUUGGAUUGUUGGGUGCUGAGAUAUGGUUUGGUUUUUACUGGCUCCUCACUCAAGCCUCCAGGUGGAACCCUGUUUAUAGGCACACCUUCAAGGACAGGCUCUCUCAAAGAUAUGAGAAUGAGUUUCCUGGGGUGGACAUAUUUGUGUGCACGGCGGAUGCAAGCAUAGAGCCACCAAUGAUGGUGAUGAACACUGUUCUGUCAGUCAUGGCUUAUGAGUAUCCACCAGAGAAGCUGAGUGUGUAUCUCUCAGAUGAUGGAGGGUCGGAAAUUACAUACUAUGCCCUCAUGGAGGCUGCUGAGUUUGCCAAACACUGGAUACCAUAUUGCAAGAAAUAUAAAGUGGAGCCAAGAUCACCUGCUGCUUAUUUUGUCUCAAAACAUGCUGAUGAUGCAGUUGAAGAUAAUCAUCAGGCUAAAGAUUUCGUGGUUAUUAAGAAAUUAUACAAGUACAUGGAGAAUAAAAUCGAAAAUGCAGUGAAGCUAGGCCAGGUUUCAGACGAAGUACGAUCAAAACAUAAAGGCUUUUCUCAGUGGGAUUCAUAUUCAUCUCGACGUGAUCAUGACUCCAUUCUUCAAAUAGUAAUUGAUGGAAGAGACCCGAUUAAUGCAACAGAUAAUGAAGGUUGUGCGUUGCCAACUUUAGUUUAUUUGGCUCGAGAGAAGAGACCCCAGUAUCACCAUAACUUCAAAGCUGGCGCUAUGAAUGCUCUGAUUAGGGUAUCUUCAAACAUUAGCAAUGGGAAGUUACUUCUUAAUGUAGAUUGUGACAUGUAUUCAAACAACUCCUUGGCCAUACGAGAUACGCUUUGUUUCUUAAUGGAUGAAGAGAAAGGCCAUGAGAUUGCAUUUGUACAGUUCCCACAGAAUUUCAAAAACCUUACUAAGAAUGAAUUAUACGCUUCAUUACGCGUAAUCAAUGAGGUGGAAGCACAUGGUGUGGAUGCUUAUGGAGGCCCUCUAUAUGUUGGAACUGGAUGCUUUCACAGAAGAGAUACACUUUGUGGGAGGAAAUUCAGCAAGGAUUCUAAGAGUGAUAUGAAGUGGGAUAAUAGAAAAAGAGAAGAACUUGGCAUUCAUGAAUUGGAAGAAAACACAAAAAGUGUUGCAAGUUGUACAUUUGAAGAGAACACUCAAUGGGGAAAAGAGAUGGGCUUGAAAUAUGGAUGUCCAGUUGAAGAUAUAAUAACAGGGCUAUCAAUCCAUUGCCGGGGAUGGAAAUCAGUGUAUUGCAAUCCAGCAAGGGAAGCUUUCUUAGGAUUAGCUCCAGCCACACUGCCUCAUAUACUUGUGCAGCAUAAGAGAUGGUCAGAAGGUAACUUUCAUAUUUUUCUUUCUAAGUACAGUCCUGCUUGGUAUGCCCAUGGGAAGAUUAGGUUAGGCCAUCAACUUGGAUAUCUUCGCUACUCCCUCUGGGCUUCAAAUUGCUUGGCAACCCUAGUUUACUCAACUCUCCCUUUGCUUUACCUCCUUAGAGGCACAUCCUUAUUUCCACAGAUGUCAAGUCCAUGGCUCAUACCAUUUGCAUAUGUGAUCAUUGGCAAGUACACUUGGAGCUUUGUGGAGUUUCUGUGGUGUGAUGGUACAAUAUUAGCCAAGGUGGCAGAUGAAGAUGUGUCGAAGCGAUACGAGAAAGAGAUUAUGGAGUUUGGAGACUCCUCUCCAAUGCUCACCAUUUUGGCAACACUUGCGUUGCUCAAUCUAUGCUGCUUUGCUGGGUUUGUAUUGGAAGAAGCAAUUGCUGGAUCAAAGGGCAUUGCAAAAGCUUAUGAGACUAUGUCUUUGCAGGUUCUUCUGUGUGGGGUUUUGAUUCUCAUUAACCUACCUUUGUACCAAGGCCUUUACCUGAGGAAAGAUAAAGGAAAGAUGCCGAGCUCCGUAGCAUAUAAAUCAAUGGUCAUUGCUGUGUUUUCUUGUGUAUGUUUUAAAUUAUCAUAUUAAAUUAAGGGAUUGUGAAGAAAUGUAUGUUCUAAGAGCCCCCAACCUACAAUUAUUUUUAAUUAACUGCCUCACAUCACAUUUGGACGUUCCUUGAUCAUUAUCCUGGGACCAACAUAGGAUUGAAAACAGUUGGUAUGAGAAUCAUUUGCUUAAUUA